AUGGAGGCCCUAAAGGCUGUUUUCUUUAAGCCCGACCCGGCAGCACAGAUGCGGAAGUGUAAUGCCCUGAUAAGAUCAAACACUCGAAAACUCGAUCGAGACAUAUCCCAGUUAAAGGCCAUUGAGAUAAAAACCAAGCAAUUCAUCGUUGCCGCAUCUAGGAGAGCACAACGGAAUCCCUCGCAGGCAGAACAGGCUGCGAAGGAGACUCGGAUAUUUGCGAGGGAGCUUAUCCGGAUAAGAAAGCAAAACGCCCGUUUGACGACGAGUAAGGCACAGCUAGAGAGUGUGAAGAUGCAGGUCAAUGAAGCAUUCUCAGUCAGGAAAAUUGAAGGAAGCCUCAAGGCUUCGACUAGUAUAAUGAAGGACGUCAACACCCUAGUCCGACUGCCUGAGUUGACAGGCACGAUGCGGCAGCUCAGCUUGGAACUAGUCAAAGCUGGAAUCAUCGAAGAAACUAUAGAUUCUGCUAUGCCAGAGGACCAGCUGCUUGAAGAUGAGGAAGAGGAAGCCGAUAGUGAAGUUGACAAGGUCUUACAGGAAAUCCUACAGGGAAGGCUAGCAGCAUCGGGUGGUAUCAAACCAGAAGAGCCGCUCCAGGAAGAGGAACCAGUCCCCGACGAGUUCGAAGACCAGGAAGCAACCCUCGAGCAGAUGAGAGGGAGACUAGAGGCCCUCAAAAGUUAG